CAGAACGUUCGUUCCGUGACUAGGGGAAACGGUAGCCAAGACAACGCGUUUUUUACCCUUUUCUCGUCUACGACGGGGGGUCACGUUGGGAGCCAUUUUAGCGCUACGCCCCCCCUCCCCCGUCACCUUUCUGUUCGACGUUGCUUUUGGAAAAAGAGAAAUAUAUUGACUGUGGCAUGUCUUCCCCAGAACACAAUUCAAAGAUGGGAUUUGAGUAAAGCUGACUGGUUGUUGAUAGCACAAUCGGGGACGAGACUCAAGCUGUGCACCUUGACGACUGGGCCAGGAUAAAGCUUGUCUUGUUCCGAGUGCGAUGCCAUCCCUAAGCUUCAUGAAGUGAAUCAGAUGGCGGGUGACCCUGGACCGAGAUACAACACUCAACCCAACUUAAAGCUCCAGAAGCCCAUCCAGCCUUACGUCUGCUCCACGCUAGAGGACUUUCAGGAAGAGAGAGAUUUUUUGGCCAACAUCAUCUUCCCUCGGCUCAAUGACUUCUGCAGCCCCCGGGGCACCUACUUCAAAGCUGUGGACCUGAGAUGGUCAGCCGUGAAGGCCCAUAAGUCCUUCACCACCAACCUGUUCCGACAGUACACCUGCCUGUGUUCCCAGCGUCUGAAGCUCUGCCUCGACUGUGUGGACAGCUGCUCCCCCUUCUUCAUCUGCCUGCUGGGGCAGACCUACGGAGACUUCCUCCCCCACUACACGCCUUUCCUGUUCUCCAACGUAAAGGACUUCGCCAAUCUAUCCAAGGGAGAACAAAAUCUGUAUGUUGCUGCAAAAAAUGGCUACCCUUGGGUCCUGGAGACUCCCAACUGCAGCCUUACAGAGUUCGAGAUCACCCAAGCAGCCUUUCGGAAGGAAUCUCAGUUUCAGUUUUUCUACUUCCGGACAUCGAACUCACUGCUAAGGACUUUCAGCGAGGAGGAAGAAGAGGAAGAAAAGCUGUCCCCAACUUUUCUGAUGAAUGAAGAGGGAAAACUGAAAGUUGGGAGACUCAAGGCUAAGAUCAUCGGGAAAGGGCUUCCUGUCAGAUUCUAUCGAGACCUGGAUGAGUUGGGCGAUUUGGUUUUCAAGGACUGGUCCGCUGUUGUGGAGAAGCUCUACCCAGUCCCUAUUAUCAUGGAAAACAUAGAUUACAAACACAGUCUUGAGUGCUUGUAUCAUGAAGAGUUUGCUGAGAAGUGCGAGCAAGUUUUUGUUAUUUCCAAGGAGUCAAACAGGACCUUUGAAAUACUGGAAAGAUUUGCCUUAAAAGAUGUUGAACUUGACUCCGACAGUGCAGGUUUGGGGCUGGACUCCAUUCUCAGAAUAAAUGCUCUUCCGACUUAUAAGUCUAUUUUGCUCUUGUCUGGAGAACGCGGCUGUGGGAAGUCUACUCUGAUUGCCAGCUGGGUCAAUUACUUCAAAAGCAGACAUCCCGGCGUGCUGAUGAUCCCCUAUUUCGUGGGGAGUACCUGUGAAAGCAGCGAUAUCAUGUCGGUGAUCCACUACUUCAUCAUGGAGCUGCAGCACAGAGCCCACGGUCCCCAGAUUGAAAUGGAUUUCCUUAAUGAAGACUCAAGUGUCUUGGUCUUUUCGCUUCUUGUAGAAGUGUUCAUGGCCUUCAUCAGCCUAAAGCCAUGUGUACUUGUAUUAGAUGGGAUUGAAGAGUUGAUUGGCGUUUAUGGGAUUUCAGGUCAGAAGGCGAAAGACUUCUCGUGGCUGCCGUGUGCACUCCCUCCACAUUGUAAAUUCAUCCUGAGCACCGUCUCCUCCAGUCUGUCAUGCAAGUCACUGUGCGCCCGCCCGGAUGUGAGGACUCUGGAGCUCUCGGGCAUGGGGGAUGAAGACACGAAGUUCAGCAUCUUCAGACAGCACCUUUCCACUCCCGACCAAGAGCGCUUCGGGCAGAGCAAACCCAUUUUGAGGAAAAAGCCAAACCUGACCCCUCUGAAGCUGUCGAUCAUCGCCAGCGAGCUGCAGGAGUGCAGAAUCUACCGUAACGAGUUCCAGUGUCUGAGGGAGUACUUAGAGGUGGCCUCUGUCCAGGAGCUCUGGGAGCUGAUUCUGAAGCGCUGGGUUGAAGACUAUGGUUGGAAUUUGAAGCAAAAAGAGACAAACUCAGAUGCUGUGGCUUCAGGAAAAGGGCUGAGUGGCUGGGUAGCGGACGCACUGUGCUUGCUGUGCAUCUCACACUGUGGACUGGCUGAAGAUGAGCUGCUCCACCUCUUGGACAUGCUGGGCUACAGGAACAACCAGAAAGUGACCACCGUGCACUGGGCGGCCUUCCGCAACGCCACCAAGCACUGGAUCCAGGAGAAACCCGAUGGCCUCCUCUGCUUCCGACACCAGUCCCUACGGAAUGCGGUGGAGCACAAGCUGCUGGGUGUAAUCACUCCGGUCAGAGAGAGCAGUCCAAACAUGUCUCAGAACACCGUGAAUCACAAGAAGGCACGUUUCCACCAGGUCUUGAUGAGGUACUUCCAGCGGCAAACCAUUUUCUGGAGAGUGUAUCAGGAGCUGCCGUGGCACAUGAAGAUGAGCAGGUGUUGGGAAGGCCUGUGCAGCUUUGUCACGAGCCCUAGCAUCACAGAUUUCAUAUCAAAAAUCCACAACCCGAGUUUGUGGACCAGGCUGCACCUUGUCCACUACUGGGAUGUGCUGCUGGAGGCUGGCUAUGACGUAUCUGAGUCUUUUCUGCUCUGCGUUGCCAAGAUAGAAGCAGAACAGUGCCAGAAAGUAAAGAAGCGACCCACGAUCUCAGUCCUGGAAUGCAGCCUCUCCCAGGUUACUGCCGCUGAUAAAUGCAGGAUGAUACUCUUUGUUGGGAGUUUCCUGAAGCUCAUGGGCAAGAUCAAUGAUGCAGAAAGGCUAUUCUUGAGUGUCGAGGAAAUGUUACUACAGAGCCCAUCCAUGACAGAAAUGCUCCUCAAAGCCCAGAAUGCCAUUGGAGAAUUAUAUCUUGAAAUCGGGAUGACUGAGAAAGGACUCACGUAUUUUCAGAAAGCGUGGUCAAAUCUGCUGCGGUUUACGCUCAGUGACUUGAAAACCAGCCAGGAAUUAAUGAGGCAGAAAGUCAAAGUGAUGAAUAACCUGGUAAAAUCAGCAUCUGAGAAAUUCUUAAAAGAAAGCCACAUUUUGGAUUAUGCUACUGAAAUCUCCAAGUUAGUGACUGAUAGCCCCCGCGAUCAAGCUACCAUGAAAUAUACUGAAGGUGUUCUCAUGUUGGCUGCGGGAAAUGUGCCUGUUGCAAGACUGAAGUUUCAAGAGUGUUUACAUAUCAGAAGACGUCUGUUUGGUGAUAAAAACAUACUAGUUGGAGAAAUUAUGGAAUUUUUAGCGGAUUUGCUAUUUUUUUUACUAGAAGAUAAUGAAAAAUCACAAAAGAAGCAAGUAACUGAAUAUUAUAAACAAGUAAUAAAAAUCAAAGAGAAUUCAGACACUGUGGCCACCUGCAAGCUUGUCAGGAAGCAGCUGAGCAUCAGCCUCAGCGAUACCUUGUGUAAACUAGCAGGCCAACUGUUGUCAGGUGACGUCUGCCAUCACGCCAUGAUGGAGGCCGUCAGCUAUCUGUACAGGUCACUUGAUUUAAGGUCCACUCACCUGGGGUCUUCCCACGCUUCCAUCCAGGGAAUACUGCACCUUCUAAGGGAAAUCCAGAGGUUCCGAGGCAGGAGGUUUUGGCCUCAAGGCAUGAGCCAGCUGCACUCUGAAGGUUCUAAGAAUGGCUUUCUAUUAUGGGAAAACUUGUCUAAAUUAAACUUCUGCAGCGCUCAGAGUUCGGACACGGUGAACACUGCAAUGUGUAUGAAUGUAAGUAAGUUGCAGCGAGCUAAAAGCACAGAGCCAAUGCCUCCUCCGGUUUCAGAUAAACCAAAAUGUUUUCCUGGCAAAGGGAGGAAGACUUUGAUUCCAAUUCUGUCUGCUGGGGAAAAGACCCAAAUAUGGAACGGUCCAAGAAAGCAAACUCCAAGGAAAAAGAACUAUCCUGUCAAGACAUUGUCUGUGGGUGAAAAGAAUGGCUUAGUCAAACUUUCAAAGCAAAGAGUUUUUUCUGCUAAAUGUGAGCGUGGAGACGGACUAGUCACCGCGAUUUACCGUCGGCCCCCGAGAGCACCUCUGAGUGCAAACGACCCCUGGCAAUCCAUGUCCGAGCUUGUGUCAGAAAAAUGGCUCUUUCACACCCCACAGCACAGCUUUACUCCCCAGAAAUCUGUUUUCCCAAGAAGAUCUCAAGUAGAAACAAAAUGGUUGAGGAUCUCAGAUGAAACCGAUAAUGAAUAAAAACCACUUUGGGCUCUUUUGUAUUUAA